GAAAACACAUUCAGGAAGGUGCAUAUAUAGUUUGAACUUUUCUUCAUUUAACUAAUUUUGCAAAAUAUUAAGCAACAGAUCAAAAACUUCACUUACAACAUAACAAUACAUAUGUAUUAGAAUAUCUCUUCUACGCAGAAGGCCCCCCAAAGAUCAAAGAACUAAAGAAACAAUAUCAAACUACACGAGGUCGCAUUCAACACACAGCUCUUACUGCUCACUUCUCUACAAUUCUACAUCUCGUUGUCAAACAAAUCCUGCACUGCAUCCACUUUAAAUUUACGAUGAAUAAUCGAAACAUGAUUAAAGCUGAGCCCGGUCAACGUCAGCAAAUGAGGCCCGAAGAUAGAAAUGAGUUACUCAGAUGGUGCCGCCACUUGUUGGGAAAUAUCGACAUUUUUGUUCAUAGAUACAACGAAAGCAUGACAGCGUAUAUCACUACUGGUGAAAAGAUAUACAUUAAUUACAUUAAUGAAGAAAGGGACCUAGUUACUUCGGCUAUUGACGAGAUAAAGCUUAAACAACAAGAGCAUCCAGAGGAAUUGGAUGGGUUGGUGCUUCAAGCCGUGGCUUUGUUUGAGGAGUCGAUAGGUGUAGGCCUAAGUCUCGAGGAACGAAUGGAGAAAUACAAACUUGAGAGCAAUAGCUUAAAGACAAAAAUAAGGAACCUUUUGGGGCAAAGGUCUGAAAAUGCGCCAAGAUACACAACAGAAGAGAUUGAGAGUUCCGAAAGGAAGGGAGUGCAUCUAGGUCAGCCUAGAAUGGGACGGGAUUAGAACAGAAGCUAAGGAAAUUCUAAAUUGGCGACUGAAGCAAACUUUCAAUGAAAGGAUCAAGGCGUGGAUAUCGGGACUGAAUCUUUUGGCAUGCUACCAAAGGCACUUUAAACAGAUGUUGAUAUCACGAAGAUAGUUGGAGAUGUACUUUUAGUGUUUGCUUUUUCAAACUUGACAUCUGAGCCAAUAAUACUAAAUGUCA